AGCCUGCGUUUGACAGGUGGCAGCGCAUAAUCCUGUAAGUAAUAAAAUUUUCCGAUGUUUUUUAGGAGCAUAAUCCAGGAGCAGCAGAAGUACAAGGAAAACAGCACGACGUGAGGCGAAGAUUAAUAUUAAAUUUCUUUCAGGUGACUCAGUAGUCAUUGACUAGCACCAAACAUGCGUUUUCUUUAAUCAAAUCGGAGGCAGUUUGUCUAAAUUUAAAAAAAGAACUCACGUAGUCGGUCAAGCACGAUCCUUCUUAUGGACAGCGCCAUUUUUGUUGACUUGCCGCCGCCGGUGCUCACGAUGGACGCAAGCAGACGCCAGUAUUUAGAAAUCAGUCACAUUUCAAUUUCACACAAAAUAGCAAUCAAAGUAACUUCAUAUUGCUGGCUUUUUUUAGUGAAUAUGUAGGUGAUGCGUCCUUAGUUUAUUUCUUCUCAUAAGCCAGUAAUUUUAAGAAAAAUGUUGUAGUUCCCUGGCGCUGGCGCUAUCUGGUGACGAACUCAAAACGCAAUCUGCAUAAUGGUUUGAAUUGCGGGUUUGUAGGUAGUCCUUUCUGCACAUAUUGUGGUAGCGUUCAUAAGCACGACGAAACAAAUCUGUCAAGCGCACUAUCGGCUCAAUAAGCACAUUAAAUGCACGAGACAAUCUGCUUUCAUAUGUUUCAUUUUCCAUGGCAUGGGUGGACGGCAUCAUCGCCACUUCAGUCAAGCACAUCUUGCUACCUCUGAUCGCGAUCAGUAUAUGCAUCAAAUACUUGUUACGUGAUUACCGUUCGAGACGCCUUCGACUAAAUGCCUGGUUCACGCAUUUCGUUUCCGCGAGAGAGACGGGUGCAAUGCUGGAAGCCAAAGAGCUGCUGUUCAGAAAACUGCAAGCCCUGGAAUCUCACGACUGGUACCUAAGAAAUUUAGGCAUUAUACGAAUGUUGGAAAUAGGAUGCGGUGCGGGAUCAAAUCUGACGUUUUACCCCAGCAACUGUCACCUGAUCGCCGUCGACAAGAACCCGUACAACGCACCCUACUUCAGGAAGAAGAUACGUCAAUUGCAAGUUCUACUCGAAAUGUAUCUGGUGCAGGACGGUGAACUGCUAAAAGAAGUUCACAGUUCUCAUGUGGAUGCUGUCGUAUCAACGCACGUUUUAUGCGGAGUCGACGAUUUGGAAGCCGUACUCAAGGAGAUCUGGCGUGUUCUUGCUCCUGGUGGAAAAUUCUUUUACAUAGAGCACAUGAUACACGAGCCUGCCAACUGGAGGCGCUACGUGCAGCUUCUCGUCGGCCCCUUCUGGAAGCAGGUGUUCAACGGAUGCAGGAUAACGCGCGACCUGCACGCGUCCCUUCACGAAUCUCAGCUGUUCUCUUCGGUUUCUCAGUGCAAAAUAUACAGCACUCGUGGAAAGUUCCUAGGGGUCUUCCUCAACCCUGUCCUUGUCGGAAUUGCGACAAAAUAGCCACGUACAGGACUCAGGAUGUUCGCGUUACUACAUAAGGGCAUUUUAAAGCACAAGGCCGUGAAAGAUAACACUGAAAAUGAGCUUUUUUUAAAUCACCACCCGGUAGCACACUGAAAUUGCAGCAAAUAUAGUACUAACAACAUUGUUACUAAAAGCAACCAGUGGUCAAAGUUGUUCUUUGCUAAGUGACAUGUUUUUUUAUCUCUUGCAUUGUUAACAUAUUUUGCAUAUUUUCAACAAGUUUAUUUUACCUGGUAUUUUGUGGUGCUUGUUACAGUUGCACCCCUCUAUGAUAACAAAUUUCAUCGAGACGUUUUAGCGUACUCAACCUACUCGGAUACUGCAUAUUUUAUGGCACGCCUCUUUUUGCACAUAAAGGUUAGAUUGUAGUACAUGGUAAACAUAUAUUUUGCACUGUUAAAGACUGUUAAUCAGCGCACAGUUUUUCUUUUGCACAAUAGCCUUCUUGAUGCUACUACUAUAUCACGCUAACAACUCUUAAUAAAGUGUUAUAAUAGCAUGUGCCCGCCUUUAACAAUGUUACGUUCGCAAGUAAUUACGAGGAGCAAUACUUCAAAGUACAGUGAAGUGCUAUAACAGGUAGAAGAAUGUUACUAACUACAAAGACUUGACCCUACCUCCGAAGGGGCAUAAUGGGACCAGUUUUGAUAGGUAGUAUGUUUGCUUGAGACGUAAAAGUUCCGUAAAGUGUAAGUUGUGAUGUUAGGAUUGUUUUAGAAUCGUCAUAAAUGUGGUACUUGA